CUGCAUGACACUACACAUUUUUAAAACAAUUUAAAAAUUUGUGUGUGAGACUAUUGUUGGCCUGUUGGAAAGAUAUUCACUUUACAAUUUGUUUUUAAAUUUAAUUGUUAAAUGUUAAAAUGAAGAUUAGCUAAAGCUUAUAAAGAAAAUGAAUAGUUUCAAGUGUCUCUAGUGUCCUUCUACAGAGUGGGCAUUUCUAGAAUUAAUAUCAAUAUCUGUAAAUAAUAUGUUUAUUAUUAUAUCUUGGUGAUCAGUUUUAUAUUUUAAUUGGUUCUUGCUAGGACAAGAAAAGUAACUCAUUUUCCAACUAACAAAUAUACUACACACACUACAAUUCCCACUUCCUAUUCAUCCUUUGGAAUUGUCAAUUUUUGAAAGUUAAAUUAUUAGUUAAUGUCUGUAUUUCUUAAAUUUCAUCAAAUAUACAUUCGUAUGAUUAUAAUUCCUUUCUUUUUCUUUUUCAUUUUUAUGACAGGCAGAGUGGACAGUGAGAGAGAGACAGACAGAAAGGUCUUCCUUUUGCCAUUGGUUCACCCUCCAAUGGCUGCCGUGGCUGGCGCACCGCGCUGAUCCAAUGGCAGGAGCCAGGUACUUCUCCUGGUCUCCCAUGGGGUGCAAGGCCCAAGCACGUGGGCCAUCCUCCACUGCACUCCCUGGCCACAGCAGAGAGCUGGCCAGGAAGAGGGACAACCGGGAAAGAAUCCGGUGCCCCGACCAGGACUAGAACCCGGUGUGCCGGUGUGCCGGCGCUGCAAGGCAGAGGAUUAGCCUAGUGAGCCGUAGCACCGGCUAUAAUUCCUUUCUUGAAAAGCUUCUUUAUUGGAGUUGGUAAAUUUUUUUGCACUUACUAAGUUUUCUAUUUAUUGCUAUUGGUUUUUCACAUUCCCUUUCUUGAAUAUCAAUCUUUCUCCUCAAAAUACUCAAAUAUAUCAGAUAUUGCUUAAUCAUGUUUAUCUCCUGGAGAUUUUUCACCCAAAUAUCUGCUUCAUUUAUGCUGGUUGCUAAAUAGGCUGUCAUCAUGGAACUUUUUUCUUUUGAAAAGUUCCCGUUUUGAUCCUCUUUUACAAGAUGCACUAUGUUCUUCCUUAUUCAGCUAACAUACAUCUCUCAUUAACUUCAUAAAAAUGGAUGCAGAGAAGGUAAAAAAAAUUGAGACCUGGGAUUAUGAAGUUAUCUUUCUUUUUCAUUUGAAUGAUACUUUGUGCAUAAAAUUCUAUACUGAAACUUUUUAGAAGAGUUCUAAAGCAUGAUUCCUUUUCCUGACUCAUGUGGAGUUUAUUAAGAGGAGGGACUCCAAUUUCUUUUCGUGUGUUUUUUUUUUUUUUCAUUCUGGCAACAUUGAAAACCUUUAGUACUGGCUGCCCAUUUAUUCACUGUUAUGGUCACCUGGAUGCAUGACAUGUUUAGAGUGUCACUCUCUGUUCUGAAAAAUGUUCUAGUCUUGUUCCUAACUUCUGCCUUGACUUUUCUAUGGUCUUACUUUAAUCAGAAUCACACUUAAAUGUUGGACCUCUAGGAUUGAUUGUGUAAGACUUCCAUUUCUUUCAACAUUUACCCUACUUGUUUGGACAGUGUAUUAGAUCAUUCAGUCUUUUUUUGAGUUUUUUUUUUUUUUUGACAGGCAGAGUGGACAGUGAGAGAGAGACAGAGAGAAAGGUCUUGCUUUGCUGUUGGUUCACCCUCCAAUGGCCGCCAGGGCUGGCGCACUGCGGUCGGUGCACCGCCCUGAUCUGAUGCCAGGAGCCAGGCGCUUAUCCUGGUCUCCCAUGGGGUGCAGGGCCCAAGUACUUGGGCCAUCCUCCAUUGCACUUCCCUGGCCACAGCAGAGAGCUGGCCUGGAAGAGAGGCAACCAGGACAGAAUCCGGCGCCCCGACCGGGACUAGAACCCGGUGUGCCAGCGCCGCUAGGUGGAGGAUUAGCCUAGUGAGCCGUGGCGCCGGCCUUGAGCUUUUCUUUUGUAAGGACUCUUUUGGAUUCUGGUUUUUAUAGUAUCCUGUUACAGAUUUAUAAAUGUGAUAUCAGCUCACACUAUAAUUUAUUCUUUUAACUUUAUUAUGCAAAAAUGCAUCACAUAGUGUUGUUAUAUUCAUUUUUUAUGUCUUUUUUUUUUUUUGACAGGCAGAGUGGACAGUGAGAGAGAGAGACAGAAAGAAAGGUCUUCCUUUGCCAUUGGUUCACCCUCCAAUGACCGCCGCGGCCAGUGCGCUGCGGCCGGCGCACCAUGCUGAUCCGAUGGCAGGAGCCAGGUACUUAUCCUGGUCUCCCAUGGGGUGCAGGCCCAAGUACUUGGGCCAUCCUCCUCUGCACUUCCCUGGCCAUAGCAGAGAGCUGGCCUGGAAGAGGGGCAACCGGAACAGAAUCCAGCGCCCCAACCAGGACUAGAACCUGGUGUGCCGGCGCUGCAAGGCGGAGGAUUAGCCUAGUGAGCCAUGGUGCCGGCUGUUAUAUUCAUUUUUAAAAUGAGAAUGAGUCAAGGGAAGUUAAGAAUUUGUCCAAAGUUAUGUUGCUAGUAAGGGGCACUUAAGUUUUUUUUUUUUUUUGAUUUAUUUAUAUUUGAAAGAGUUACAGAGAAGGGGAGAGGGCAGACAAAUUUUCAAUCCACUGGUUCAUUCCCCACAUGGCCAAAACAGCUGGAGCUGGGCCCAUGCAAAUCCAGGAGCUUCUUCCAAGUCCCUCUUGUUCAUGGCAGGGGUCUAAGCAGCUAGGCCAUCUUCCACUGCUUUCCCAGGUGCAUUAGGAGGGAGCUGGAUCUGAAGUGGAGCAGCCAGGUCUCAAACCAGCACUCAUUUUGGAUACUGGCACUGCAGGCAGAGGCUUUACCCACUAUGCCAACAGUGCUGGCUCCUUGGGGCAUUACGUCUUAAUCUAUUCUUAAUUUUAACAAUGAGAACACAUAUUCAUGUACUUACUAUUAAAAUUAGAUGGAUAAGGGCCAGCUCUGUGGUUUAAGUGGGUAAAGCUGCCACGUGCAGUGCUGGCAUCCCAUAUGGGCACCAGUUCAAGUCCUGGCUGCUUCACUUCCAAAACAGCUCUCUGCUGUGGCCUGGGACAGCAGUGGAAGAUGGCCCAAGUCCUUGGGUCCCUGCACCUGCAUGGGAGACCUGGAAGAAGCUCCUGGCUCCUGGCUUUGGAUUGGCACAGCUCCUGCUGUUGCAGCCAUCUGAGGAGUAAACCAGUGGAUGGAAGACCUCUCUCUCUGCCUCUCUUUCUCUCUGUGUGUAACUCUGCCUUUCAAAUAAAUAAAUAAACUUUAAAAAAUUAAAUGGGUAAAUGCAUAUAAAGCACUUAGAAUAAUGGGUGGCACAGAGUGAGUACUAAAUAAUUAUUAAUAGAGUUAAUUUCUCAAUUAAAUUUUAUUUAUCUGAAGAUAUUAAUCACACAUAUUGAAAGGCUUUCUUCUACUCUCUAUAUUAUAUCUGGUUUCUCUUCUUCCUUUUUCCCUAUGGUGGUAUUGGUGGUUUUGGCGUUUGUUUCGUGGCAUCUGCAUUUCCCCAAUGUCUUGUCAUCCUUGCUUGUCUUCUGCUUUUUAAGAAGUAUGAUAUGACAGCCGGUGCCAUGGCUCACUAGGCUAAUCCUCCGCCUAGCGGCGCCGGCACACCGGGUUCUAGUCCCAGUCAGGGCGCCGGAUUCUGUCCUGGUUGCCCCUCUUCCAGGCCAGCUCUCUGCUGUAGCCUGGGAGUGCAGUGGAGGAUGGCCCAAGUUCUUGGGCUCUGCACCCCAUGGGAGACCAGGAUAAGUGCUUGGCUCCUGCUUUUGGAUCGGCACAGUGCGGCCAUUGGAGGGUGAACUAACGGCAAAGGAAGACCUUUCUUUCUGUCUCUCUCUCUCACUGUCCACUCUGCCUGUAAAAAAAAAAAAAUGAUAUGUCACAGUGCUGACAUUUUACUCUCUGAGUGAAUGGGGUGUGACGGUGGCAGGGAUUCACUCUAUUGUAACUCUGCUGCAUGGGGCUCUUACUUUGGAAGACCCUGAAAUAUCUGUAUAUGUACAUCUUUAUUAGGUCCUUUCAUCUUCUCUAGGGUAGGAUUCUAUGAUACGCACCGUUUGGGGGUCAGGAAGGCUCAGAUGAACACCUUGCAUCCAAUAAUGACAGUAUUGCAUGGCAAAAGACUGCAUGAAAAGAUUUUGCUUAAUUUACCUUCCUUAUUUUUAGUUUCACACCUCACAUUUGCACUCCAUCUUACCAGGGUCUCCGAGACUAGGGAAAGUUCUGUUUAAUUUCUUGAGAGAAUCAGUUUUCUAUUGCCUAUCUUAGAAUUACCUUCCUAUUUUGGUAUGAUGGUGAGAGUAAUAGAGAAUUAAAUUCUGCCAUAUACCUACUUUUUAAAAAAUAGCUUUUUGUCAGUCCUUAACUAACUUCAGUCUUCUUAUUAUCUGGUCCCUCCAAAUAUAUACCUAUAUGGGAUUACUUGAGACAAACCCACUUGUUUCUCCAGUGCAGGAACAUUAAACAUUUCUUGGAACUGCUACAUUGAUUUGCUUUCUGUCAUGAAAAAAAUGUGUUUACUUGUGCAUUCUUAGUCUUUGUUAGUUUGCCUUAUUCCUUGUCAUUUUAGUGGGUGUUUUAAAAGGAGGCGAAAUGACUGUCUAGUCAGUUCAUGUAAUUUCCAAUUUCUACCUAUUUGUACUGAUUGAUUUUUCAAUCAUGUAUCUAGUUUAUAUUUUUUGAACUGUAAUAUGAACCUAAAACUUUUACAUUUUCAAUAUUUUAUAUCUGGCCAUCACUGAUGAGCUCCUUAGCAUCUGUUCCAAACAUCUUCUCUCCGUAUGUAGUAAUCAGGCACUUCGGCUAGGACUGAAACCACUUCAAGCUUAGAAGGUGGCCCCAGACACCAUUAAAUGAACUAGCGUUUCUUUAUGAGAAGCUGGAACGACAGUAUGGAUUUAUGUAGUGUGUUCCGCCACAACAUUUCACUUCAUUUUCUACCAAUGCACAUGAUUCAUUGCGAUUAAGGAACUCUCUAGAGAUGCUUUCUCGUGAUAUAGCAGUUCUCUGGUGUGUGCCAUCUCAUGGUUCACCCAGUUUCACCCUCUCUGAAAGAACUUCCGCAGUGAGGCAGGUGUACUCUUUCCUUCCCAUGUGAGUCAGGGAGGUGGAGCCGAGACGGGAUUUCACUCAGCUUGACAAACAGUUCCUAGUUUAGUCUUCUCAGAGAGAUUACAAACUGCUGGAGACACUAGGCACAACUUGUAUUUCUGUUUUCUUAACUAAGCACAUUUGGUUGUGUGAAGAGCGGGGAGGAAUACUUCAUAAAUGUUUUAAAAUAAAUACUAAGUUUAUCACAAAACAUAAAGAAUAUAGUAUAGUUAUUAUGAAAGGUAGAAUGUAUCAAACAAAGUAACAGCAUUUGUUUCCGGAGAACAUUUAUGUGAAUAGAAUUCAGGUAGCUUUCAUCAAACUGUGAAAAUCUGUGGCGUCGCAUGGUGGCGCUGCAGGAUAAGAUCAGGGGAAAAAACUGCGCCGGAUGACGCUGUGGAUGCGCCUAAGGCACACAAAAAGACUGACGAGCCAGCCAUCCAGGGGCGACCUGGAAGCCAUUCAGUAAGGCUCAAGUGCUCAGGCGUCUGAGGAUUUGGUGGACAAAUUAGAGGUCCGCUGAAGCCAUUCAGCAGAGAGCGUUCGUGACGGGAGCCAUGGAGGACCGAGGGGCAGGCGCUCAGCGGACCAGGCAAGUCGUGCUUCUCUUUGUUGUGCUGGGAAUGGCUCAAGCUGCCUCUGAGCCUGGGCGCUUUUCGGUGGCCGAGGAAGUGCACAGUGGGAGUUGUGUGGGCAAUUUGGCAAAGGACCUGGGCCUGGAGGUGGGUGAGCUCUCCUUCCGGGAAGCUCGGGUGGUCUCUAACGAUAACAAGCAGCCUUUGCGGCUGGACACAGACACCGGGGAUUUGAUCCUCCGCGAAACUCUCGACCGGGAGGAGCUCUGCGGCUCCACGGAGCCCUGUGUGCUGCACUUCCAGGUGAUAAUGAAAAAUCCUUUGCAGUUUUUACGGAUUGAGCUUCAGGUCAUGGAUAUAAAUGACCACUCUCCCGUCUUCUUAGAAAAAGAAAUGCUCCUGGAAAUCCCAGAAACUAGCCCUGUUGGUGCCGUGUUCUUACUAGAGAGGGCACAGGAUUUAGAUGUUGGAAUCAACGCUGUGAACAGCUACACGAUAAGCCCCAACUCUCAUUUCCACCUUAAAAUGAGAGUCUAUCCAGACAGUGGGAAAUACCCAGAGUUAGUCCUGGACAAGGCGCUGGAUUACGAAGAGCAGCCCGAGCUCAGCUUCACCCUCACGGCUCUGGAUGGCGGGUCUCCGCCCAGGUCCGGGACUGCCCUCGUUCGCGUGGUGGUCGUGGAUACUAACGACAACUCCCCCGAGUUUGAGCAGCCAUUCUACGAGGUGAAGAUUCCGGAGAACAGCGUCCUUGGCUCCCCGGUUGUCACUGCCUCGGCUUGGGAUUCCGACUCGGGAACAAACGGAGAAAUAUCCUAUACCUUCUCCCAUGCCUCAGAAGAUAUUCGCAAGACGUUUGCCAUUAAUCGAAAAUCUGGAGAAGUUACUCUAACAGGACCAUUAGAUUAUGAAACAACUCAAUCAUACUCAAUCAUCAUUCAAGCCACAGAUGGGGGUGGACUCUUUGGGAAAUCCACAGUCAGAAUUCAGGUAAUGGAUGUGAAUGACAACGCUCCUGAGAUCACCGUGUCCUCAAUUAGCGGCCCAAUUCCAGAAAAUGCGCCUGAGACUGUGGUUAUGGUCUUUAGUAUCCGAGACAGAGACGCUGGGGACAAUGGGAAGAUGGUUAGUUCCAUCCCAGAGGACCUGCCAUUCGUGUUAAAGUCUUCAUUUGCGAAUUACUACACCUUGGAGACGGAUGCAGCCCUAGACAGGGAGGCCAGGGCCGAGUACAACAUCACCAUCACCGUGUCCGACCUGGGCACGCCCAGGCUGACCACCCGGCACCACGUCGCGGUGCAGGUGUCCGACGUGAACGACAACGCCCCGGCCUUCAGCCAGGCCGCCUACACCCUGCUGGUGCGCGAGAACAACAGCCCCGGGCUGCUCAUCGGCUCCGUGAGCGCCAGCGACAGGGACGCGGGCGCCAACGCGCAGGUGACCUACUCGCUGCUGCCGCCGCCACAGCAGCCCGACGUGGCGGCGCUCGUGUCGGUGCACGCGGACAGCGGGCAGCUGUACGCGCUGCGCGCGCUCGACUACGAGGCCCUGCGCGCCUUCGAGUUCGGCGUGCGCGCCGCCGACCGCGGCUCCCCGGCGCUGAGCAGCGAGGCGCGCGUGCGCGUGCAGCUGCUGGACGCCAACGACCACGCGCCGGCCGUGCUGUACCCGCCGGCCAACGGCUCGGCCGCCUGCCCCGAGCUGGUGCCGCGCGCGGCCGACGCGGGCUACCUGGUGACCAAGGUGGUGGCGGUGGACGGCGACGCGGGCCAGAACGCCUGGCUGUCGUUCGAGCUGCUCAAGGCCACGGAGCCCGGGCUGUUCGGCGUGUGGGCGCACAGCGGCGAGGUGCGCACGGCGCGGCCGCUGAGCGAGCGCGACGCGCCCAGGCAGCGGCUGCUGGUGCUGGUGCGCGACCACGGCGAGCCGCCGCUGUCGGCCAGCGUCACGCUGCACGUGCUGCUGGUGGACGGCUUCUCGCAGCCCUACCUGGCGCUGCCCGAGGCGGCGGCGGCGGCCGAGGCGGCGCGGCCCGACUCGCUCACGGUGCAGCUGGUGGUGGCGCUGGCGGCGGUGUCGUCGCUCUUGGUGCUGAGUGUGCUGGCGCUGGUGGCGGCGCGGCUGUGCGGCGCGGGCGCGGGCGCGGGCGCGGGCGGUGUCGGUGUUGGGGCGGGGUGUGCGGUUGGCGGCGGCGGCGGCGGCGCGGGUGCUGAGGGCCGCUUCCCGGGGCCGCUGCUGGACGUGAGCGGCGGCGGGACGCUGUCGCACAGCUACCAGUACGAGGUGCGCCUGACGGGCGACGCUGGGACCGGGGAGUUCAAGUUCAUGAAGCCCGUUAGCCCCAACUUCCCUCCGCAGCUCACUGGGAGCGACGUGGAAGAACGUCUCAGCAUUCGGAACAGCUUCCCAUUCAGUUAAGUAUUUGAUUAACCUACGAACUCCUGCUGAUUAGGUUUGCAAGUCUCUUUGGACUUGAAGUUACAUGGUAUUGAUGCAUGUUGGCACCCUGUGUUACGUGUGUCUGAUGGGGACUCUGAGAUUAGUUUUGUUCAGAUUUUCCAACCCUAGUUUCCCCCAUAUUCCAGGCCAGAACUCAAAAGAAGUCAGAGCGUGUUGGAACCUUCUGGAUCAAUUUAAACCUCCGAACCUUCUCCUCUGGUCAUGUUAGUUUGUUUCCUUAGCUUUUCACUUUUCUCUUUCCCUUUUUUUUUUUUAACCCUACAAUCUUCAACUGCGUUUCUUUUUAUAUUUUCUAAUUUCCCUGGUAAUAUUGUUGUUUUCUUGGUACCGUUGUCGUCAUUGUAAUCAUUUUCCAAUUAUUGUAUUACUAGUAACUAAUUUAUAUCAAAACUUGCAUAUUAUUGAACUUUUGGUACUCAUUCUUACAGGAUGACAGUUAACACCCCUGAUAUAAUUGUAAUUUUAAAAGUACAUUUCACACUAUAUGAAACUAUGUGAGAAUAUAUGAUUCCUUUUUAUCAUAGGUUAUUUUUUAACUUUCGCAAUUGUUUUAGUUUCUAUUAUUUACACUGUCCUGACUUCCCAGUAUCCCCAUUUCUGUGUGGUGUAGACCCAGAGUGUAAUCACAUCCACCUUCCAAGCUACUCUUUUGGUUUUUGAAUACGCAGCAGAAUUGAUAAUUUCAAGGUAUUUAAUUCAAAAUCACAAAUCAUUAAACUUUCACUCUUAACAAAUAUGUUAUCGUGUGAAGAUAUAGCUGCAUCAUGUGUUCCCUGUCAUCUAAAUUAAUGUAGAAAGAUUUAUGGGUUCUUCCCUAUGUCUAACUCAAGUUAGGGUCCUAGUAAGGCACUAGACGUGUUUAAUGAUACCCACCGUGAUUGUGUGGAAGGUGUUUCUUUUAGGCCAGUAGCCUUAGGGACCAAGUAAUGCAUUUCCUGCAACUGCCUCUUGCAGUGACAGAGAAAUUCUCAAGUGUACUCCAAAUUCUGGGCUUGGAGGAGCUUCUGGUGGUACAGCAUGCCAGAGUCUACUGGCCUUUGAGUAAUGCCACUGUUUUGGUUGGUAAGGAAUUUUUAAAAAUACAUUUUAAAAUUAAUAAUAGUUAACCAAAUAAAAAUGUAUUGAAGGAUAUGUUGGUGAAGGAGAUGAGUGAUUUGGAGAAAUAGUUUUAUCUGUUGUCAGGAAUCCUCUAUUUAGCUCCAGGAGCCUUUCAGCCUUGCAGAUGGGAUAGAAUGGUGUAGUGAGCAAAAUAAUGUCCCUCUAAGGAAACUGUGAACAUGUUAUAUUAUAUUGCAGGGGAGAAUUAAGAAUGGAGUGGAAUUAAGAUUGCUAAUCAGAUGAAUUUAAAAUAGGAGAAUUAUCUUAGGCAAUUGAAUGGGCCUGAUUCAAUGAGUCGAAAGGCCUGGAAAGAAGAAUUGAGCCUUCCCUGAGAGGAAGAAGUCAUUCUACAUAGGACAGCAGCUGUAACUGUGCCUGGAGCCGCAGCUUGCCCUCCCUUCAAGCCCGCCACACAGAUUUUAGUCCUGUCUUGCCAGUUCCCACAAAUAAGUCACUUUUUGCAAUAAAACUCUUCAUAUCUAUCUUCUGUUGCCUUUGUUUCUCCAUUUGAACCCUGGCUGAUAAAUUUUGGUACCUAGAAAUGGGUGCUGCUGUAACAAAUACAUAAAAAAUGUACAGGUGGCUUUUGAAUGGGGCAGUGGAUAGACAGGAAGAAUUUUGAGAAAUAUGAUAGAAAAAAUCCUAGAUUGCUUUGGAAGACUGUUAGUAUAAACACAAAUAUAGUAUUGAUAUAAAUAUAGUGAGGGCCCAGAACGAGUGAGGAGCUUGGCGGACAAAUACUCCAUUAGAGAAUACUUAAAUCAUUUUAAGCAGACUGUGGUAAAAUUAUAAAUAUUAAAGCUACUUGGAGGCUUAGCGAAUACUUUUAAACAGCUCUUUAAAACUUAGCUGAACUGUGCAGCUACGUGGGAAGAACUUGUGAGCAAUUUAUUUGGAUUUUUAGCCGAAAAUAUUUCUGGGCAAAGGACUGAAAGUGCUGUCUGUCUUCUGCUUGCUGCCUGUGGUACAAUGUGAGAGGGAAAAUAGAGGAAUUAGGUUGAAGGGAGAAAUUUUAAGCACAAGGGAACUAAGAUUUGAUGAUUGGGGUAAUUGUCAGUCUAUUCAGAUUGCAAAAAGAUGUUAAAAUUAGGAGAUCCACUGUCAGGAGAACAUGUUCUGGAGAGAAAGCCAGGAUUAUAGCAGGACAACAUUUUAGAGUAGUCGAACUUACAGAAAGCUUUUUGAAGAGUCUAGGCCUCUGACUCAUGGACAUCUUCAGCCACCUCAGCAGCAUAUACAGGGAAUUAUUCAGGAAAGAACUACUAAUAAAUUUCUUAUCUAAUGAACUUAAUCCCUGCGACAUAUGCAGGAGAUUCAUAAGGUGUUCGUGAAUGUUUUAUCAGCAAAAAUGCUAACAGCUUUGAAAGGGAUAGAGAGGGAAAAUUUAAAGAAGGAUUUUGUGCAUCCAGAUUUUAUAAGGAAGAAACAGACUUAGACAACGACUUCCUUGAGAACGUGUACGCCCUCUAAUGAGAAGGGAAGAAUAGUUUAAAGAAUGGAGCCUGAAGCCCAGCCCACAGAGGAUCAGUCUCAAGUCUUGAAAGUCUUGGGUUUUCCUAGAUGGUUUGCUACCUUUCUCAGACAGGUGAUCACUUUUUUACUUUUCAUUUGUAGCCAUUUUUGAGCUGGUGUCCAAAACUGUUGUCCCAUGCUUGUCUUAACAUUGUAUGUUAUGAGGGUGGUGGUGACAGGUGACUUACUUAGUUUCCCAGAUCCAGAGAUAGAGAGAAAUUAUGUGCAGGAUGUCUAGAGUCUUACCCAUACCUGAUUUAUACACUUUAGAUGAUGAUUUUUGAACUGAUGAGACUUAGAUGACAUUUUGGGCUUUGUGUUGGUGCUGUAAUGAGAUAUCUUUGGGAAUAUUGGAAUGGGUGAAUGGAUUUUUACCUGGAAUGAAUGUGAAUCUUUGAAAGCCAGAUGAUGUAUUCUGAAUUAGUGACCUCCCAAAGAUGUCCUUGUCCUAAUCCCCAGAACCUGUAAAUAUGUGUGUGUCAGAAGGGAAUUAAAGUUGCUGUGCAGUCAAGAUUAAUAACCAGCUUUCCACAAAAUAAGGAGAAUAUUGUAGAUUAUCCAGUUGGACCCAGUGUAAUCCCAGGAACUCUUAAUAAAGAAGGCAGAGAAAGGGUAUCAGUAUGGUGUGAUGUGACAAAGGCUCCACUGUUCAUUACUGACACUGAAGAUGGGUGUGGGGCAGAUACAGGCAGCCUCUAGAAGCCGGAUAAGGUGAGUCUGUGGAUUCCCCUGUGGAGCGACCUGCAAGGAGCGCCCAUCCGUAACACAUCUCAGACUGCUGACCUCCGGAUCUGGAUCUGUAGGAUAGUACAUUAUUUUUUAACAUUAAUUUUGUAGUAAUUUGUUACAGCAGCAAUAGAAAAGUAAAACAAGUGGCUGCUAAAGCCAUUUCUGUGCCCCAUUUUUUCUUUAGCUUCUCCUACUCUAGGCAAAAUAUUCAUAUUUCCAUUAUCCCUUCAGGUAGGAUUGUCAUAUGACUCCAUUAUUGUCAGUGAUACAAAAAUAUAAUUAGGGGACAGGACUUUUUCAGUUUUAAAGGUUUAUUAAUCAUUUUACUCAUACCAGAUACUAAAGGGAAUAAAUAAUAUGGGUUUUAAAAAAUUUAUAUAAGGUAAACAAAUUUCAUGUAGUUCCUAUGUACAUAACAUGGUGAUACUUCCCACCCCAGCCUCCCUCCCACAGCACAGGGCUCAAGAAAGAGAUUCUCCAAAGGCCUAGUGUGAGGUGGAUGUUCUUCAGGCUCUUUGCCCUUCUUCCUUUUUCUUCACUGGCAAGCUAAUAGGAAGUAAAAGGAGAUGAAGCAGCCAACUUAUAACCAUGAAAUGAAUAUCACAAGACAAAGCCCUAACACCAAGUAUGAUAAAAUGGAAAGCGCCUGAAUUUCCGUUAGCAUCAUUGAGCUAUUAUAGCAAUCUUAUACUGCUUUCUCGCAUGCUUUCUGUUGUGUGAUGUAGAUCAGCAGCUGUAGUUGUGUGUUCUGUUGAGUACGGACAAACACGUUCCACACUGACCAGAUAUCUCCUUCUCACAGGUGAGGUUUGUGUACACAGUUGCCUGACUAGGUCUCAGGCUAUUGUAGAUGUGUGACAUGCUUCUCAGAAAAGUAGCUUUGCUUUCCCUUAGACAUUAUCAAGGGAGAGUGACAAACAUACAAAACUUACUGACCUUUCAAAGGAAUAUUCCUGACUGGUAGAAUCCCCGAAAAUUGAGUUUUGGACAAUAAAAUGAAGAAAGCGAACCAAUAAAUGCCAGGCAUACUUUAUUUUUUUUUUGAGAUUUAUUUAUUUAUUUGAGAGGUAGAGUUAUGAGAGGGAGAGACAGAGAGAAAGGUCUUCCUUCCGUUGGUUCACCCUCCAAAUGGCUGCAACAGCUGGAGCUGCGCUGAUCCGAAGCCAGGAGCUUCUUCCAGUUCUCCCAUGUGGGUGCAGGGGCUCAAGAAGUUGGGCCAUCCUCCACUGCCCUCCCGAGCCACAGCAGAGAGCUAGACUGGAAGAGGAGCAGCCGGAACUAGAACCCAUGCCCAUAUGGGAUGCCAGUGCUGCAGGUGAAGGAUUAACUUACUGUACCACAGCGCUGGCCCCAUCAGGCGUACUUUAAAACCUUUAUUAAUAGUGUCCCAAGAAAGAGGACUGUGAUGUUUAUGCAGUGAUUCAGAAUACCUGCUUUCCAGGCAGGGAGGUAGCAGGAUCAAAAAUUGUACUUAGUAAAAUAAAUCCUGAAAACCUUCCUAAGCAGCUAACUAACGUAAAUAUUUUGGUAAAAUAUAACUGGUGGAAGGAUCAGAAACAAAUUAUAUCCUGUGACACAGCAAGUCAAGACUAUCUUGAGUAGUCUUGACUAUAAGUGACAAGUCAGUGUUUAUUUUUAAAAGAUUUAUUUAUUUGUAAGGCAGAGUUUACAGAGAGAGGGAUAGAGAGAGAGAUUUUCCAUCCACUGAUCGGAUCAGUCUGAAGCCAGGAGCAAAGGGCUUCUUCCAGGUCUCCCAUGUGGGUGGCAGGGUUCCAAGCACUUGGACCACCCUCUGCUGCUUUCCCAAGCACAUUAGCAGAGAUCUGGAUCAGAAGUGGAGCAGGUAGGCUGUAAACUCGUGCCCAUAAGGCAUGCCAACAUUGCAGUUGGCAGCUUUACCUGCUAUACUACAGCGCCAAUCCCAAAGUCAAUGUUUAUUAAUGAAUGAGUUAAGAAUAAUAAAUAAACUUUCUUGGAAGCUACCAGGGUACUCUUCCAUUAGUACUAACACAACCAUGCAUUUUACCUCCUAUUUUAUUCUCCAAACCUUUUUGAUUUCCUUUGAGAUUUCUUUUAGUCCCAACUUAUCUUUUAUACCAUAAACCUAAGGCACUGAACCUUUUUUCUUUAUUUCUCUUGCUUGCCUGUAUUCUCCCCAAACCAAGUUUGGGAUAUUUAUGUAUUUAUGGUUGUGUAACGGGAUUAUUAAGGUGGACAGUGCCUUAUUCCGGUAACUGUAAAGUGGAGAGAACCUGAAUUCUUUCCACAAACAUGUAAAUAAGGGAAAAAAUUGAGAAUCUCCCUCUGCCCUGUUUUUCAUAUAAUGAAAGUAGGCUGUAGUAUCUCUUUUCUGUCUUCCAGACCACUGUUGCAAACAUCAUGAUGCUACUUCUAGUCUAGUACUGCUAGCACAAACAUGGAAAUUAUUCUUGACAGUUAUAUUGGUCAGCUUUUUGAUACUUUAACUAAAAUACCUAAGAGAACCUACAUAGGAGGAAGGAUGGUUUAUUUCAGUUUAACAGUUUUAGGGAUUCAGAGUCUAAGACUGAGCAACUCCAUUGGUUCAAACAUCUGAAGGGGCCAGAGAAUGGCAGAAGAAUGAUCUCAUGGUAGGCCAGAGAGAAAGAGGAGAGCAUGGCCAGCUUAUAUAUCCAACUGUCUCACACUCCCUUCUGAGGGUAGGCACUCAGGGACCUAAAGACCUCCUAUUAGAACCACCUCCAUAGGCCGGUGCCGCGGCUCACUAGGCUAAUCCUCCACCUUGCGGCGUUGGCACCCCGGGUUCUAGUCCCGGUUGGGGUGCCAGAUUCUGUCCCGGUUGCCUCUCUUCCAGGCCAGCUCUCUGCUGUGGCCGGGGAGUGCAGUGGAGGAUGGCCCAAGUGCUUGGGCCCUGCACCCCAUGGGAGACCAGGAUAAGCGCCUGGCUCCUGCCUUCGGAUCAGCGCGGUGUGCCGGCUGCAGUGCGCCAGCCGUGGUGGCCAUUGGAGGGUGAACCAAUGGCAAAAGGAGGACCUUUCUCUCUGUCUCUCCCUCUGACUAUCCACUCUGCCCUGUAAAAAAAAAAUUAAAAAAAAGAAGCACCUCCAUACACCAGAAUUAGAUGGUCUCCACUCUUGAUCCAUUAACCAUUAACAGUAAUCCAUUAACUAUCAACUUUGAGGUUUAAACAUCUACAUGAGUUUGUGGAGCCAAAUCCUGUUCAAACCUAACAACAAUGUAGCCAGUACUGCUCUAUGAAUAUAUGUGAAAUAACCCCACUAUGACUCAUGGUUGUAUUUCUGAAAAAAUAUCUUCUUAAAAGUUGUAAGUUUUGCCAUGGUGGUAUCUCCAGAUGUUAUGAAAUCGUGAUGGAGUGUUGUUGAGUUUUCAUGGAAUAAUCCACUAAUGGAUCUCAUAAAUUCUAGAUCAACUCCAUGUUCUUCACAAAAAAAAGCAGACAUGAAGAUAAUCCAGUGCCUACUCCUGUAAAGCCAGCAGAGUAUAGGGACUAAAAUAGGAAAUAGCUUUCAUGUGUAUGUAUUGCCAAUCUAUAUAGGGAGAAACUUGUGUCUUUUUUUCCCAAACAAAGCAAAAUAGCAUUCACUGAGAGUUCAGUUUGGUGGUGUUUAAUGGAAAUUUAGCUGAGGGACUGCCUUGUUUGCAAUACUUUAUAUCCAGAAAUUUGAGGAAAAACUGAUGCCCUUUAUGCAGGGAAAUGUAAAAAAAUUAAUCAGAAUGUUGUCUCCAGUACUGGGGCAAUCGCCUGGAAAUUCCACAUGCGGGGGUAACCCUCUUGUGUCAUGAAUCACUGCAAUGUGGGUGAACAGGUCAAAACCCAGGAAUGCUUAGGGGCAGGCAUUUGUCCUGGAAGUUAAAGUAUCAGUUAGGAUGACCAUAAUCCACGUCAGAGUACCUGGCUUUGAGCCCCAGCACCAGUUGGUAACUCCAGCCUUCCUUCUAAAUGGGGAGGUGUUAGUUAUGGUUCAAUUAAUUGUGCUCCCGUUAUCCAUGUGGGAGCCAUGAAUUGAGCUCCUGAUUCCUGGCUUCAGCUCUCUUGUUGUAAGCAUUUGGGGAGGGAAUCAGUGCAUGGAAGCUCACUCACUUUCUCUGUCCCUUUGUGUGUGUGUAUUAUGUAUCUGCCUCUCAAAAAAAUAUCACUUCAACCAGUGAUAUUUAAAUAAUUGAAAAUGCCCAAACGAGUAGUUCUAUAAAUACUCCAACAUUGUUUGGACAUUAAGUUUGACAUGAAAUAAAAAGACAUAUGACUUUUUAAAAAAGAUUUAUUUAUUUGAAAGUCAGAGUUACACAGAGAGAAGGAGAGGCAGAGAGAGAGAGAAAGAGAGAGGGGUAGAGGUCUUCCAUCCACUGGUUCACUCCCCAAGUGGCCACAAUGGCCAGAACUGGACCAAUCUGAAACCAGGAGCCAGGAGCUUCUUCCAGGUCUCUCAUGUGGGUGCAGGAGCCCAAUGACUUAGUUCAUCUUCCACUGCUUUCCCAGGCUGGAUCAGAAGUGGAGCAGCUAGGACUCAAACCAGCGCCCAUAUGGGAUGCCGUCACUGCAGGCAGCAGUUUUACCCUCUACACCACAGUGCCAGCCCCAACAUAUGACUUUUUUUGGCCAAAUUUUGUCUCUUUCUGGUUGGAAAUUUCUGACGAUUAUUUUAAAAUCUUGUCUGUCCCAGAAAGGCAGACAUCCAUAAUUUUGGCAGACACAAAUAAUGAAGCUUAAAUAUAUUCCUGAGCAUGCUUCUUGAAGGAACUUUGUCCAGCUCUACUAAUGUCUCCAAAGCUUUUUCCUCAAAUUGUUUCAACUGCUUUCAACUUUGAAAACCCUCUUUGAAAUCAUAUAUCCUUUCACACAUUUUCAUGGACUGAUUUAAACAUCCCAUUUGGAAAUGCCUUUUAUGGUAACAGAAAAUGUAAUGCAGACAACUUCUGUGUUAGUCCAAAUUCUUUUGGUUGCAAGCAACAGAAAUCCAGUUAUACUAGUUCAAGAAAAAGAAACAGAAUUCAUUGACAGGAUAUUGGGACUUAAAAUGUAAUGUUUUAAAAGAUUUUUAUUUCAUUUGUUUGAGAGGUAGAGUUACAGACAGGGAGAAAGAGAAAAGAAAGAUUUUCCAUGUACUGGUUCACUCCCCACCUGGCCACAAUGGCUGGAGCUGGGUGUGUCUGAAGCCAGGAAUCAGGAGUUUCCAGGUCUCCCACGCAGGGGUAGGGGCCCAAACACUUGGUCCAUCUUCUACUGCAUUCCAAGGCUGUUAUCAGAGAGCUGUAUCAGAAGAGGAGCAGCUGAGACUAGAACUGGCACCCAUAUGGGAUGCCGGUGCCAUAGGCAGAGGCUUAGCCUACUAAACUACAGUGUCAACCCCUAUAAUGUAAUUUAGGAUAUGUUUAGAAAUAAAACUGAUUGACGGGGAAGACUUUAAGACAAGCAAUUACAAGGACUUUAAAAGCCAUUUUAUCUAUCCUUUAUGUGAUUUACUUUCUUCUGCCUGCCACUUUCCUUCUUUCACUAAAGACCAGCUUCCUCUAAAUAGGAAAACUCCCACACAUAUUUCAAGAACUAAAAUUCCUUUUAUUAAUAUAAACUAACUCAUGCCGUUGCUAGUUAUAAUAAAUUCUGGUGGCUUAUAUCAGCAAUAAAAUGGGGCCAGAAAGUAGGAGAUGUUUGAUUAUGACUGCUAGCAUUUGUUUUCUAUGAUUGCAAGGGGUAUAGGAGAUACAUGCCUUCCCCAGGAUAAAGGGAGGUAAAUAAAUAUUUGUAUAUAUCAGUAUUCACCAACACCAGUGAUUUGAAGUUAAGGGAGUCACAGUUAACUUCCUUUUCAUAAUUCUUAGAUGUUUAUUUGUCCACAAAAAUUAAAGAAGCUUUACUGCACAAUCAGGGCAACAGAUAGAUGGUAGCUGAAUUACUUUGAACAACCAGGCAUUUGUCUCCAGUACAUUUGUUAAUGGACUAGAAAGCAGGAGAUACUCCCUUCAGUCUAUUUAUACUAGUGUCUAAUCCUCAAGGGUAGUCCCUGGCUCUUGAGGCAUUGAUUGUUAUUUUCCAAUUAAUAUUAAUUUUAAUGUCAAAUGAGAUAAGGAUGCUCAUUUCUAGUGCUUUUAGAUUUAGUCAUUCUCUUAACUUUUCCAAAUGAUAUUUAGAUUAAUUCAUAUACAGAAAUGUACACUCUGAAAUAGGCCCAGAGACUACAAUGUGUCAGUAGUACUCCUUUCUUAUCUUGCUUUACAAAUAUUUUAUUGAUAAAGUAUAGAAGCUAAAGGCAUCCCUAAAGGGCUAAUAUUUUUUGUCUGUCUUAGAUUGACCUGGAAUUCCUUGAAAAGAAUAUUAAUUCCAGUUAUCACAUAGUCUCAAAAAAUAUGUCAUGAUAUGUGAAUGUGAUGCUUCAAACAAUUUUAGAACUCCACAGCUAUACCCGGAGAAUGUGAAUGUACGUGUAUGUGUCUGUGUGUUGGGGGUGGCUUUGGAAGAUGGUGGAGAAGCAGUGUAUGCAGAGUAUACACAGAAUAUCAUUGCUUUUCCAUAACUUUUCCACAUUAGCAUAUUUUCCUUUAUUGGUUGAAUGUGUAUAAUUAGGUUAUCAUUAGCAAAAUAGUAUAGAAGAUAUCAUAUAUGCAAACUAAAGGAAUUUUUCUUUUUGUAAACUUAGUAACUCCAACAUUAUCAUAUAUAGAAUUUUCAUGACCCUUUUGGCCUUGAAGGGGAAUAGUCCAGAAAGGAAUCUGUAAGGUAGUAGACUUGGUCAUUUGUAAACUCCCCCUUGAAUUGAAUAAGGAAACAAUAAUACUGAAAAUGGUAUCUGACAGGGUUGGAAUUAGUGUGAGGUUAACGAGGCCAAUGUGUACAAAUGUGAAGUGGUUCCUGUAUUUAUUUAAAAUUUUUAUAUUUUUGUCUCAUGAAUUUUUAUGUUAAAUUUGAUUUUGAAGAAUAUUAUAUUAAAUAGUAUUUAUUUUUACUAUGAAGAUUUUGGGAGAUCCCUUAAAUUUUGCAUCUGAGACACUUGCCUCAUCUUUGUUCUGGUUUAUGGUUGUUUCCAACUUGCAAGUUCAAGCGGCCAUCACUGUGGUAGAGGUGGCAUUCACAGGUGGAGUUUGAGCAGUGAAAUCUGAAACAAAUCACUUGCCAUUCUGAAUAUGGGAUAGCAAGAGUAAUAGUGGAAAAAUACAAAGAUAUCUGAACAGAUCUGAUGAGCUGGAGUCCACACUGGGAAUGAAACAAUGACCAUGACUGACCAGGCAAAUGGGUUACAUGGUUUUCUUCCAGGUGACAUACAGUGGUAUGAAAAGUAUUAGCUAUUAGAUUUAGAGUGCUAAUUUUGUUGAAAGUUUUUGCAACUAUGUUCAGGAAGGAUAUUGGUUGACAGUUAUUUCUCUUUAAUACCCUUAUCAAAUUUGAGUUUUAAGCAUUAUUCUGGUCUCAUAAAAUGAGUUAAUUGUUUCUUCUUCUAUGUUAUGAAUUUGUAUAAGAUAAUUACGGUGUCUUCAUUAUUUGUUUGAUCAAAUUUACCACAUAAGCUAUCAGGUAACAUUUUUUGUGUGUGUGUGGGAAGUGUUAAAAUCGAAAACUCAAUGUCUUAAAUACAUUGAUUGUAAUUCUGACUUUUCUGUUUCCUCUUGUAUUAGUUGGCAUCUUGAAUUUUUUUUAAAUUGUUCAUUUUAUCUGAGAUGUUGAAUUUAUUAGCAGGAAGUUAUUGAUAAUAUUCCUUUCUCAUCUUUACACUAUAUUUAAAAACUGUAAUUAUAUCUCACUUUCAUUCUGGAUGUUGAUCAUUUGUUUUCACUCCUUUUAUCUUUUUCAGUGUUGUUGUGAGUGCAUCAAUGUUAUUAAUCUUGUAGAACUAACCAUUGGCUUUGCUAUUUUUUCUAUUAAUUUAUGUUUUCUGUUUCACUGAUUUCUACUCUUCCAUUUUGAUAUAUGUUUAUAUGUUACUUUGAAUUUAGUUUUCUUUCUGUAGCUUCUCUGGAAGCUUAGAUCAUUGGUUCUAAGCCUUUCUCCUCUAGUGUAAAUUAAAAUAUGUAAAAAUAUAAACUAAAGCUAUAUAUAUUUCUGUCUGUAUACUUCACAAGUAGCAUUUCAUAAAUUUUGAUUUGCUGUGUUUUAAGUUACCACUCACUUUUAAUUUAUCUGUAAUUUCCCAGUUGUAUUCUCUUUGAUCCAUGGGUUAACUUUCAGAAGUAUGUUGCUUAAUCUCCUACUAAGAAUAUCAUUUUUGUUAUGCGAAAUAGUUCUGUUUUGCUCUGAGAACAUACUUUGUGUGAUUUAAAUCCUUUGUAAUAUAUAUUAUGAGUCACUUUUUAAAAAUUAUACAACAUGUGAGUUAUCUUGGUGAAUUUCCCAUAUGCACUUCAAAGAAAUGUAUAUUCUACAGUUGUUGAGUGUAGUGUUCUGUAAAUAUCAAUUAAACCAAAUUUAUUGAU